UGAAGUUUGGCAGGUUUUCUAGCUUGCAGGUAAAGGGUUACGGAGUCUAGGAAGUAUUAAAUGCAAACUUUAAAGGGUUUUAUUUCCAUCUGCCGUCACAUGACUCCUGGGUGCCCAAUGACACUCGCGACAGUGUCUCUCAUUAGGAGGUCACGCAAACUCCCGCCUGCUAAAGGACGCAUUUGUUACAUAUUUAGCAUUCAAAUGCAGGAGCCGGGCUUAAGCUAUGGGAGAUCCUAAUCAGCAGCCAGCUUCGUUUCCCCAACAGCACAGAAGCUGCAGAUGGCUCUGCUCAGCCAGAAGUUAAAAUCAUGGUUCUUCAACUCUCACUGAUUUAUUGAUAAUUAACAAAGAAGAAUCCAGAUGGGGUGCAGGUGCUGUAAAAUGAUACAAAGCUACAUCUUUGAACCCCAAGACGUGCCAACAUCCGGGUACAUCAAUGAAAUAAACAACUACAAGUCCGAUGAGCAAGACGGAGGGAAAUUCAAAUGCAAGCAGAACAACGACAUCCAAGUACACAAAAACGAGCUGCAGACCGGAGAAUUACAAACAGCGGCAAACAGGCACAAAUUAAACAACAAUAAAGACGCCAUUCUGAACCACAGAAGCAGCGCUCCUCGUGAGGAAGGACUUGGGAAUCUUGCCGAAAAGUGCCGUUUGAAUGCAAAUGGGAUCCAUUCCCAUUCUGGUGUGAACCUUCAUCCCAACCCCAGCACAAACCGAAACAGAGAGAUCAGCACGCACGCCUGCUCUGCUCAGCGAGCCGAUUAUUCAGUCCAAGGGGGGUUGCCUCAGCCAAGCACAUGCAAUAUCCAUGAGAUUCUGGAAACUGAAGAUCUCGCAAAGGUAUCUUCAGAAAAAGGAAGUGCCCUAUAUGGGGGAUCUCAGAGCACUCCAGGCAAUGACACGCACCUGCCUGGACCAACUGAUCCCCCAAAUGGCGGCUAUGCUGGAAAACAGAGAGCUGCUGGAAAUGAGAGUCCAUCAAAUAACCACACAGAGAGAAAACACACCACGUUAAGCAGUCAGCAGGACAUGCCAUUAGGUGAAUCUAAAAGCUGGGAUUCAACAGACAGAGCCUGUAGGACAGGCCCGCCAAAUGUGUGUUUCAAGGACAAUGCAUCCGACGGCGUCCCGUCUCCAAGGAGCAAGGCGGAUGCGGUGCGAGAAGCUAGAUCUGAUUGCCAUAAUGACAUUAAUGGAGAACUGGAGGAGGAGGUUGAUGCCGAAGUAGCAGAGGCUCUCGCAGCCCUGGAGGCUGCCACGGCAGGAGAAGAUUUUGAGGAGGAAGAGGACUAUUAGGUGACAGCCAAGACGGCAGUAAUAAGCCUCGGUUCUGGGGCUGCGUGAAAUGCCGCGUUUCCGAGGCCUUGCCACCGCGGGUGUAAGCCUUUGCCCAGGACUCCCACAAAUAGCAGAGGGGGAUAUAUCACUAGGCCAGGUGAGCUAACAAGAGCAGACCAUUCACAUCAGCCGGUCUAAUGCUUACGUACCAGCCCACCUGCACCAUGAGGUACCUGCUACUGCCAGCCAAAGCAGUCUCUCUUGUUUGCCAACAUGACCACUCUUGACUGCUAUGAAUGCUGCCAAUAAUAGUUAUCAAAUAUGUCCCACUCUAGGGAGAAUAUUGCCCUCUGGGUCAGGUUUGCUUCCAACUGGAGGAAAAAGGAGGAAAUAUUUGGUUAGGGAAAGCCCCAACCUUCCCUUUAUUCCAGUCGCCAAGGAGUAAUAUUGAUCUCUCAAAGAAGUCAGUAUGUUGAAGGUUUGUCCUAUACAGGACUUUUCUUGGUCUACCAGGGCUUACACGGCAGGCUGUGCAAAGUGUCUCAAAGCAAACCUGCAAAGUGGCAGUUUUAAAGAGGGCUCACUCAAAACUGCUGCUCUCUGUGAGAUUUUUCAGCAGCGCCGAGCAUGCCUCGCCUUUUUGACAUUCUUCUCGCGCUCCAGGUGAAAAUGUUUGUUUGCUUGUUUACGAGGACUCGAGUGACAUCACCAGACAGCCAAACCUAAUUGAACGCGCCGAUUUAUGGUGUCUUCACACUCUCUGCUCAGCCACUAAUGAUUAACUCACGAAAGCUGGAAGCAGCCGCAACCAGGGUGCCCAAAGGCAUCGGGUAUAUAAAUGGAUAUUUGCACGGUCUAAGGCUGCCUCCACAUGAUAGUUUAUUCCACUGCCCUGACAUUUCCCUACAGAACCAAUAGAAUAUGGUGCAUGUUUAGUGCCCAUUUCUGUGUUACUUGGUUCCAGAAAAAAAAAUGUGUUUGAGGCCCCUUAACGUGGAAAAUUGCAAGGGUAAAGUGACAAAACUUGGGCUGGUGUGAUGGCAUACAGUUGUUUCCAGCUGUUGUCAAAGAGGCAUCAUGGGGGAACCGAAGCACACGUGUGGAAUGGCUGAGGCAGUAGUGACAUUGUCCAACAAUAGUCGUUGUUGUGCCACAGUAUGUUCACUGGUGUGAAUGAAAUUUAGCGUGACAGUUGAAGAGCCACAGUUCCAUAACGUAGCAGGUACUGCAGCGUGAAAGGAACAUUCGAAAAUGGGACACAAGUGCUGGCAUUAUAAUCAGGAAAACUAAUACAAUAUUCCCCACAUCCGAAUGCACGCAAAGCAUGCUUUGGGGAAACUUCUGCCACAGUGAAAUAGUAGGUGCUUGGCUGAUUGCCGCACAAAAAUCAGGGCUGGAGACAUUUAGCUGGAGACAUCUAGUGCCAUGUAUUU